GACACACUCCUGCAGUGAUUUCCUUUCACUCAGCUCUUGUUGAACAUGUUUAAGUUUAGAAAUGGAACACCUGCAUACCUGACUGAGGCCUGUUUUCACAGAUUAAGCCUGUCUGGUUAAAUACAGAGAAAGUUUAGAAACAUUCUUGAUUCAGACCCCCAUCACUACCACAUACAUUCAGUAUGGUGGUGGGUAAGAGGGUAGCCAAGGAGACGCUGCUGCCCUCGGUACGUGAGGAUGAUGAUGAUGACGUGGGUCAUGGGCAAGAGCUGUUAGGAGGGAUUGGGAGCAGGCCGACUAGCAGACCACGAAAUAUCUACAGCAGAGGCAGUGUGGACAGCCAGACAGUGGUCAGAGCGAGGGGCCGGAGUCCGAGCGCAGGGGAGAGGGCUGAAGAUGAGGAAGACGAUGGCAGAGAUAAAGAUGAGGAGGAUGAGGAGGAGACUGGUCAGAGCGGUGGAGCGUUUGACGAACAGCACAGAGACGGAGUGUGUUUGAGCACGGAUGAAGAUUAUGACACAGAGCUGGAGCUUGAAGAUGAGAAAGAUCAGUAUGAUCCCACUGGCCAGGCUCGCUACAGAGAGGCGUGUAAGAGGCUCGGUGUGAUUCCUGUCUCGUACUUCCUCAGAAACAUGCACCAGAGUGAACUCAGCAUGGUGCACCAUGGCCUUGGACCUCAGGGUACCAUGGCUCUGGCGGUUCCCUUGGUAACCAACACCUCCAUCCUGAAGCUGAAUCUACGAGAUAAUUGGAUGGAAGGAGUAGGCGGGGCGGCUGUGGCUGACAUGCUGAAGGAGAACUGUUACAUCACAGAGAUAGACCUGUCAGAGAACCACCUGGGUGAGUAUGGUGCGAAGGCUCUGGCCAGCAUGCUGCUGGAGAACACCACCCUGGUGUCGCUCAACCUCUCAGGGAACUGUCUGGACGAGCGAGCGGCCAGACACCUGGCUGAGGCCCUGAGCAGGAGCCAGAACCUGCAGCAUCUGGACCUGAGUCACAACCGGCUAGGAGAGACAGCAGGGGAAACUCUGGGUGCAGCUCUCGCUGAGAACACAGGACUGAAGUCAUUCAAUCUGGCCUGGAACUGCAUUCGAGGAAAAGGAGCCAUUGCUUGUGCCAAAGGCCUUGGGGCAAACAUAUUCCUGCGAGCUGUGGACUUAUCUUACAACGGACUUGGCAAAGAGGGAGCAGUGGCUCUGGGUGAGGGGCUGAAAGAGAACAACACUCUGGAGGAGAUCAAUAUUAGUAUCAAUCGCAUCCCCCCUGAAGGAGCAAUCCAUUUAGCCGUGGGCCUCAAAGUGAACAAAACCAUCCGGAUCCUCAAAAUGUCUCGGAAUCCCAUGCAGUCAGCUGGAUGUUUUGCAGUCCUUAAGGCCAUUGAAGCAAACCCAGCAUCAGCAAUGGAGCACCUGGACUUCUCUGACAUCAGUGUGGACCAGGAGUUUGAAGACUUGUUAAGCUCUAUCAAAGAAACACUACCAAAUCUCCAAGUGAAACACGGCAGCAAGAUACGGCCUCUCCAAAAACCAAAGAGCUGACCAGAUCUGAGAAUCAUUCAGACGCAGUAUCUACUACACCACUACCAUGCAGGUCAACUCAGUGUCAGCAAAAGCAUGACUGAAAAGAGAUUUCAUUUUAUUACACCAAAUAUUUUCAUUAAUGUGUUUUUAGUGUUUUUA